AGAGAAUUAAAUGUGUGACCUAAAAAUUUAAACUUCAAGCCUAGACUACAAUGUGUAGUUCAAUAAUAUUAGCUGGCAAAGGGGCUGGCUAGGUCAGCGAGGUCUCAACCGCAUUCGUCUCUCGGCGCACAGUCAGAACCAUCCAACUCUGAAGAAUCAGGAGAACAAGAGUCAAAGACAGGUUCUUGAUCUGGUGCUUUGUCGGUCCAAAUGAGUGCGUCGAGGUUCAUAAAGUGCGUCACGGUUGGUGAUGGUGCUGUCGGAAAAACCUGCAUGUUGAUUUCAUACACCAGUAACACCUUCCCUACGGAUUACGUGCCAACUGUUUUUGACAAUUUCAGUGCAAAUGUGGUUGUGGAUGGGAGCACAGUCAAUCUAGGUUUAUGGGACACUGCUGGUCAGGAGGAUUACAAUAGAUUAAGACCUUUGAGUUAUCGUGGGGCAGAUGUAUUUCUUCUUGCAUUUUCUCUCAUUAGCAAGGCCAGUUACGAAAAUGUUGCAAAGAAGUGGAUUCCUGAACUGAGGCAUUAUGCACCAGGUGUUCCAAUAAUUCUUGUUGGAACAAAGCUUGAUCUUAGGGAUGAUAAACAGUUCUUUGUAGAUCACCCCGGUGCAAUGCCCAUUACCACAGCUCAGGGAGAGGAGCUGAAAAAACUGAUUGGAGCUCCUGCCUACAUAGAGUGUAGUUCGAAGACACAGCAGAAUGUGAAAGCAGUUUUUGAUGCAGCCAUUAAGGUAGUGCUCCAACCACCCAAGCAAAAGAAGAAGAAGAGAAAGGCACAAAAGGUCUGUUCCAUAUUAUGAUCGUGGAAAGAAUAGGCAUGGAAAAAGAGAAGAUGAUCGAUCUAUCAUCAGCCUCUCUUGAUGAAGUCCGUCACUUUUCAAGCCAAACGUUCCAUUUCAAGGAAACAGCAAGCCUUUUGGUGUAUAGUCUUCACUGACUUACUAGGAGGGAUUACUGUGAAAACAGCAGGUGGUUUGUUCUCGCAAAACUGGAUUUUAUGAUAUGUACUUGUAAACUAGGUGUCUUCGACAUCUUGCAUGUCUCUGUUGUUCUGUGUGUUUAGGAUUGUGACAUAUAUUAACCAGAUGUGAUGAAAGAUCCCUACCAUUAGAGAGCUGUUCCCUUGGAUAAACAGGAUUAAAUUAUAUAAUUUGUAUUCUAAUUUUGAUUGAAUGUUGCCCAAA